AUGACAGCUGCGCCGACCUUUUGCAAAUGUACUUGCUUCACAAACAGCACCAUCAUUGAGAUCACCAACAAGCCUAAGACACCGCCCGCGAAGGACCCUUCACCCGUGGAUGGUGACAAGAAGCCUGCGACGCCAGACGAGUCGCCCAUCUCGCAGCGCGGGGAGGAGCGCCUGGCCAAGAGGGCCGGUCCCGCCUCGUGCUCGCAGUGCAACCGCGCCUUCUGCCUCGACUACAACCUGCCGAUCUGCAAGGGCGCGGAGGAGAAGGAUGUGGUGACCAUGUGCUUCCAGCGGGACAGCCGCAAGGACCAGAUCAUCGUGUGGGGAUUCAUCGUCGGCACGCUGGGGCUGCUGGGCUGGGCCGGCGCGCAGAAGGUCAUUGAGAUGAGGGACAAGGGGAGAGCGAUGGGCAUUGGCCUGGGAGGGUCUGGAGGAGGAGGAAGUGCGGCUAGAAGCCCUGGGGUUCCGUGGCCGGGGAGUGCUGGGCGUGGGCAAGCGCCUGCUCGAGGAAACGGUGCCUCGAGGGGGGCUUAUCAGGUUGUGGACGAUGAUGCCGCAGAAGGUGGAAGUCGGAGUAGCGCAGGUUGA